CAAGACAACCUCUUUCUCUUUAUAGGAAUUACAAAACCCCAGCUCCAAUUACUGUUCCUCUGCAACAACCCACAAUCUUUUUUCCCUUUUCUUUCUCAACCCCAUCACGUGCUUGCUCUGUGCCUAUCUGGGGAAAUAAAAAUUUAAAAAAAAAAACUUUUUUUUUUGCUUUUCACUCUCCUUGUGUGUAUGUAGAUAGAUAGAUCACUUUGACGCCGCCCUGAAUCUGGCUACCUUUGACCUCAACUUAAUUCUUAAUUCUUAAUUGAUCUCCUGCUAUGUUUGUGCGCCUGCACCUUGUGGGCCAGUGAUUGUUCAAAACGUGAAUAAGUUUUACUUUGAUUCCAAAUUUUGUAGGAUUACCUAGUUGAUCAAGGUGUGGUGAUAAAAACCCUUGCAUAAACAGGCCAUGUCAAGGGAAUGAAGCUUGAGUUCGAGGAGAAUAAAUGGGGUGUGUGAUUAGCAGAGAAGUGUCAUCCGGAAUAAUCUCUGAGGGGAAGGAGGAGAAGAAUUUGAGUGGUGAGUCCAACAAGGUUGAUGAAGUGUCCACAAGCAGAGCUGAGGGGAACGAGGUAGAGGCUCAGAAGGGUGAGAAGGAAAAGGAAGAGAAUGGUGGUGAUGACGGGGUUCGGCAGCCGAAGGGCGAAAGAAGAAGAUCAAAGCCAAAUCCAAGGCUAAGUAAUCCACCAAAGCAUUUGCAAGGAGAGCAAGUAGCAGCUGGAUGGCCACCUUGGCUAACAGCAGUGUGUGGGGAGGCACUUAAUGGGUGGAUUCCACGAAAGGCUGACACAUUUGAGAAAAUUGAUAAGAUUGGUCAAGGAACUUAUAGUAAUGUAUACAAAGCUAAAGACACAUUGACGGGUAAGAUUGUUGCACUGAAGAAGGUUCGAUUUGACAAUUUGGAACCUGAGAGUGUAAAAUUCAUGGCUAGAGAGAUUCUUAUUUUGCGAAGAUUGGAUCACCCCAAUGUUAUUAAGCUAGAAGGUUUAGUUACAUCGAGAAUGUCCUUGAGUUUGUACCUGGUGUUUGAUUACAUGGUGCAUGAUUUAGCUGGACUUGCUGCAAGCCCUGACAUCAAAUUCACAGAGCCUCAGGUUAAAUGUUACAUGCAUCAGCUGCUAUCAGGACUUGAGCACUGUCAUAGUCGAAACGUACUUCACCGAGAUAUUAAAGGAUCAAAUCUUCUUAUUGACAAUGAAGGAAUACUUAAAAUUGCUGACUUUGGACUUGCAUCUUUUUUUGAUCCAAACCACAGGCAUCCCAUGACUAAUCGGGUGGUUACCCUUUGGUACCGCCCUCUUGAGUUGCUUCUUGGUGCCAUAGAAUAUGGUGUUGGUGUGGACCUGUGGAGUGUUGGUUGCAUUUUAGGAGAGUUAUUGGCAGGGAAACCUAUUUUGCCUGGUCGUACAGAGGUGGAACAACUGCAUAAGAUAUACAAACUUUGUGGUUCACCUUCUGAUGAGUAUUGGAAGAAGUCCAAGAUGCCUAAUGCUACCUUGUUUAAACCUCGAGAACCAUACAAGAGAUGCAUAAGAGAGACAUUCAAAGAUUUUCCACCUUCUGCUCUGCCCCUCAUCGACACUCUUCUUGCAAUUGAUCCGGCAGAGCGGAUGAGUGCCUCAGAUGCUCUAAUAAGUGAGUUCUUUACCACAGAACCUUAUGCUUGUGAUCCUUCUAGUCUUCCAAAAUAUCCCCCAACCAAGGAAAUGGAUGCUAAACGACGGGAUGACGAAGCAAGGAGAUCAAGAGCUGCGGGCAAAACUCAUGUUGAUGGUGCAAGGAAGAACCGAACACGUGAUCGUGCUGUAAAACCUGUUCCUGCUGCGGAAGCCAAUGCCGAGCUUCAAUCCAAUAUUGAUAGAAGGCGUUUAAUCACUCAUGCAAAUGCUAAGAGCAAGAGUGAAAAGUUUCCUCCACCACAUGAAGAUGGACAGCUUGGAUUUCCUUUGGGAUCUUCCAACCAUAUUGAUCCAGAUAUUGUUCCUCCUGACGUCUCUUUGGGUUCAACCUCAUACACAUUUUCAAAGGAUCCAUUCCAAGCUUGGUCAGGUCCCAUUGGUAAUCCUGCUACCAUUGGUGUCACAAAGCGAAAGAAACACACUGCAGGUGAUGCAUUGGAUUUAUCAAAACCAUAUAAAGGUGCCCUCAAGGAUAAGGUUAAAGGAAAGAAAAUCAUAGCUUAGAUAUUUAAUACAUUCUUGUAGAGUCAAAUUAAGAAAUAACCUGUUCUUGCUGCCUCAUUUUUGGUGUUGGAGUCCAACUGCUUCAUGUUUGCUUCUUAAAAGUUAAUUCCUUAUCAAGGGGUCCCCAUUUUUAGAUCUUCAUUUUUUUUCUUCAUAGUUUUGAUCUAUAGGGUUUCAUUUAGAUAGAUGCUUUUUCUUGAGGGGGCUUGUUAAGUCUGUUGGUAUUAUAGAGAAUUAAUGUGAUGUACAUCGUAUUUUUUAUACUUGUGUCAAUAUCUGAAUUCUAUUUAAUUUGUUGAGAAUUGCAAUAAAUUUUGAGUUGUUUUUGUGUCC